GAAGAGUUUUGGGUCGAUACUUAAUAAAGGUUUUCCCCAAAUGUAGACAAAGGCCUGAGCCCUAAAUCCUCUCUCUCGCAUCGCAGAGUAAAACCAGAGAGCAAAAAAUCAACGUCACAAACGGGCAAACAGCUCAAUCUCUCUCCCGCUUCCUUUCACAGUUCAACAACUGCUGCCUCUCUUUCUCUCACAUUUUUGCUUCAACCAUUACCUCUCCUCAACAUGAAGCUCGUCAGGUUUUUGAUGAAGUUGAACAAUGAAACAGUGUCGAUUGAGCUCAAGAAUGGAACCGUUGUUCACGGCACCAUCACAGGUGUGGAUAUCAGUAUGAACACCCAUCUCAAAACUGUGAAACUUACAUUGAAGGGAAAAAAUCCAGUGACUAUGGAUCACCUCAGUGUUAGGGGUAACAAUAUUCGCUACUAUAUCCUGCCUGACAGCUUAAAUCUUGAGACAUUGCUGGUUGAAGAGACACCGAGGGUGAAACCAAAGAAGCCAACAGCUGGGAAGCCAUUGGGACGUGGUCGGGGUCGUGGGCGUGGACGCGGGCGAGGUCGAGGCCGUUAAAUAUGCUGCCAUGCCUCCAAAUUUUGGUAACAGCUGGAUGUGGAGACAACUUUGUCGUGGGGAGAAUUUAUGGGUGAAGUUACGAAUAUUAAAAGGAAUAGUAUUGAUAUUUUACUUUUCUAUAUGAUCAUUAGCCUUGGUUGUACGGCUUAAUCAUGGAUCCUGAGAUUCCCGACUAGCAGAUAUUUUAAUACCUCUGUCAAUUAUGUUGUAAAAUGAAGGAAUGCGGCAUUCUUGAUCAUGUUGAUUGCCUUCGAUCAGAACUCUUUUUUUCCCCUUCUUUUUGUACAAUUAAAUGUUUGGAUUAAUUAUAACAAGAAAUUAAAUUAAUAAUUGAAAUA